UCUAACAUGUUUUGGAGAAGGAUCAUGACGUCCUCACCACAGCAGCUAAUCAGAUCGAGGUGUGUCCUCCUGUCUCCAGGUGUGUCCCUUUGUCUCCAGGUGUGUCCAGGCUGUUUUCCUCGGUGAUGUCACUUCCUCUCCUUAUGAAACGCUGGCUCUGCCUCAGUGUGUUGCUCAUGUGAUAAGCUGAUGCUCUCGGGGUUUUCCCGUCUCAUUUCUUCAGUCAGCAGCAGCAGACCGACUCACACAGACACACGCUGAUCUGGGGACAGUUCGGACCGUCGUUAUGAGCAUAAAGGCCACAGCGGCUCCAAAACCACAGGAUCCAUGAGUUAUGCUUUUUAAAGAACAUGGAGCGGAAGCUGGAUCUUUCCCGUCUGACGGACGAAGAGGCCAAACAUGUGUGGGAGGUGAUCCAGCGCGACUUCAACCUGCGCAAGAAGGAGGAGGAGAGGCUGACCGAGCUGAAGACGCGCAUCGACAAGGAGGACACGAAGCGGGAGCUGCUGGGCUCGGAGAGGAACGUCUCCGACUCGCUCUGCAUCCGCUGCCUGCAGCCCUUCAAGUUCCUGGUCAACAGCAAGAGGCAGUGCCUGGACUGCCGCAUGUUCACCUGCAAGUCCUGCAGCCGCUACAACAAGAAGGAGCACGGCUGGGUGUGUGACAACUGCCGCAUGACCAGGGUGCUGAAGAUGGGGACUCUGGGCUGGUACCAUGACAAUGUGAGGAACCGCUUCAAACGCUUCGGCAGUGCCAAGGUGAUGCGGUCUCUCUACAAGCGCCUGAACGGAGACGGUGGUCGUGAUGACGACACCCAGAGCAUGCCGGAUGUCCAUAGACAUGGAUACAACGGCACCGAGGAUGAUCCUGGAGAGGGCGAGGCUCAGCGCUACAAAGUGAUGAGGAAGAAUAAACGUCUGCUGUCGGUUCAUCCCAUGGACUUUGACUCGGAGGACUACCUUCCUCGUUCACGGCGGCCUUCUGAGCAGCAGAUGCAGGACGAUCGGUAUUACCGGAACGACGGGGACUACGACUACUACACUCACCGAGGGAACCGCAGAAAGAGUCUGGACCGUCACGCCAUGAGACCGGAUGACUAUGCAGACAACCGGAUGGUGCGGACCCGCUCUCUGUCGAAGAUCAGCUCCUCGGUGGCUAGGCAGCAGUAUGUCGACACCUCAGAUGAGGAAGAGUACCAGAGGUAUCCCCCCGCUCACCAGCAACCCCACCACCGCAGGAAGAACAGCCGAGCCUCUUCCCAGGAGAACCUGGGCCAAGCCCCGCCUAUCAACGAACUGAACAAGCGGAUGUUCGCCAUUGAGAGCCUGCUGAGCCGUCUGGAGGAGAAGAUGACUCCUGCUGAUGACGCCUUGACUUCAUCAGCUCCAAAUGAGGAGGAGAAACUGAGGAGGAAGCUGAGUGAGCUGGCAGGAAACCUGAGCGAUAAAGGCCUGUCGUCAGAUGAUGAGGCUGGGAAAAAGCCUUUCCCUGGGAUUAAAGGGUCUUCUGGCAUCAGGGGAGGACCGGUGGUCCCUCUGGACUCCCUAAAGGACAAGGAGCUGAGCUCAUCCAGCGAUGAGAUGCCAACAGAGGCUCAAAAGAGAUCCACUGCCGCCGCCCUCUGUGACCUCACCACUGAGGUCUUGAGAACCAUUAACGCCACAGAAAACGCAAUGGUCGAGUACGGCCUUGCAGAGCCGAUCGACAGGUCCCCCUUAGUUGGCCCUGACGUAAAGCAGGCUGAUGAUGCUUUCAGGGAACUUGAGGAAAAUGUGUACAUCACGGCCGGCCAGUCAUAUGAGCUGGAGUCUAAGCUGCGGCGACUCGAGCAAAGCGCCAAGAACCGUUUUGGAGGGACGACGGACUCUGAGCUGUCGGAGUUGGAGGAUGUGGUGGCGCUGACUGCUGCCAGAGUACAGAGCGCCGAGAGCGAGGUGUCGGACAUUGAAAGUAAAAUCGCAGCUCUGAGCGCCAAGAAGAAGGUUUUUGGAUCCCAUCAGAAGAAACGGACUGCUUCAGACCUGCCCAAGAGUAACGGCGCUCCUUGGAGAUCCAGCAAUAUGUUCUGAACCAGGCCCGGUCUCAGCCUGAUGUCGGUCACUCCUCUUCCUCCUGCACUUCAGCCUCCUUCAUCAAUGUUCACAGACCGGAACCGGGACACACAACAAAUCAGAGGAACAUCGAAGUAUUUCUGCUGAGCUUCAGAGACCAGAACCUUCAGAUGGAGUUUGGUUCUGAGUUCUACAAGAUUCUUUGACAUUAAAAUGGGCACAUAGCUGUGAAGAGUAUCUCAGCCCCUCAUAGAUUUCUUGUACUUUUAAAACAUAAAGUCUGAUUUUAAAUCAUGAUUUCACUUACUCUGUCCAGAUCAAUUGACUCUGAGUGGAAAAGUAAUUACAAAGUCUUGUGAAAUCAUUAAAAUAAAUUUUUUAGUCAGAUAUUUGUGGUUCAAUUUGACCAGCCACACCUGAUUACUGUUCCCUCUGCCCUCUCUGAAGAACUGAUGAUGAUGAUGAUGAUGUGUUUAGCUUCUGUUCAAUAAACAACACAAACAACUCA